AUGGCACGGUCCGCAAUGGCUUCACACAGCAUGUGUCACCGUUUUAGACGUCCCCCCCCUUCUCCUCCAGUCGCUGCUGCGAGGUUCCGGUCGGGGGGGGGGGGGGUGGAGUCACAUAGACGAGGAGCCACAUUAAUAAGAUCACAUCAGAGAUUCACACAAAUUACAGAAGCAGACUGGUUGGGUGUUGACCCUCUCCAGUUUUGGGAUUCCCUUGCUGCUCGCUGGUCAAGGAAAGAGAUCGAUGAGGUGCGUGUGGAGGCUCGGGAGGGUUUCUCUGCUCUGCGGGACCCCCUGGAGGGGCUGCUGGUGGUCUUGGAGUACUGUCCGGAGGUGAUGAAGUCGAAGGGGGGCUCGCUGGGGCACUGCGUCCUCUUUGAGUUCCAGCUCUGGCUCAAGGAGCGGCCUCACCUCCACCUGCAGCAGAGGGAGCCUGGGGCCAGGUUGCGCAGACUCCAGGUCCAGGCUUUGAGCCUCCUCACAGAGAAGCAGCCCAGUUUCCUCGAACCCCUGAUCGAUAUCUACCAGCUGGGCUCCCUGGAGCGAAGCGUCCUGCUGGGGCACGUGGGCUACCUCCUGCACCGAGGCAGCUACAGGGAGGCGGUGCUGAUGAGUAUUAAACUGAAGCUGCAGCCAGACCUGGACAUGGAGAAGGUGUGCAUUCCCCUGGUCCUCCAGGAUAAGCUCCAGUUGGCAGAGGCCUUUGUGUCUGAUUACCAGGACCUGCAGAACAGGCUGGUCAGGCUGCUGGACUCCUGGUGCAGCCCGGGCUUCCAUCCCUCACACCUGCUCAGCUGCUACCCUGGGAUUCCGCAGUUCCACCAGAAAAGUGACAGGCUGGCUCCCAAAGUCCUGAGCAAGCAGGUGUUUCGACUGAUGGAGCUGUACGGGGUAGACCCAGCUCUCUGCCCCAACGUUGUCACCCAGAGAAGACUGGCCUCCCUCAGGUUUCUCAUGUAUAAAAGGUUUGUGGAGAAAAAUAUGUCUGAAGAAAACUGGGCAGACCAUGUUCAGGCCACUGUAGGGGAGAGUGUGGACCUGCAGGUGGAGCUGAUAUUUAUGCUGGUAAAACACAGCGGACUGGACUGCGCUGCCCGGUGGGCACUGCGAUACCACGUCCCCAGAGACCGGCUUCCCUUCGGAGUGGGGGUUCGGAGAGAGACCAUCCUAGAGAAGUCAGUCUUGGAGACAGAGUGUCCCGCAGGCACAGGAGAACCCUGGGAGCCCUCGGAGGAGAGCAGGAGGACAUAUUACCAGCUCCCUGUCCCCAUGGAGAAUGUCCACUUCCUGGACACAGCGGAGGGGCUGAGGCUGUGCCGGGAGGCUGUGCUGAAGCCUGGUGUCCUGCUGGGGGUGGACAUGGAGUGGAGGCCUGCCUUCGGCUCGGUGGGGAAGCCUCGCGUGGCUCUGAUCCAGCUGGCGGUCCGAGACACUGUGUACCUGCUGGACCUGACGGAGCGCGGGGGCCCAGAGCAGGACCAGGAGCUCCGACACUUCAUCAGGGACGUGUUCUCCGACCCUGCUGUCACCAAGCUGGGUUACGGGAUGGCUGGUGAUCUCAGCAGCCUGGCUGCCACGUGGCCCCAGUUCCUGGAGGAGCCCCUGAAGCCUGCUGGGAUACUGGACCUGCUGUUGGUGCACAAACAGAUCCAGAAGGCUCACAUUCCCCUGGGGGUCAGGGGUUCCAGAUCGGUGGAGGGGCUCAAGAGCUCUGCGGAGAAGGGGCUGAGUCUGCUGGUGCAGCUGGUCCUGGGGAAGCCGCUGGACAAGACCGAGCAGCUAUCAAACUGGGAGAGACGCCCGCUGAGACCCAGCCAGGUCUACUACGCAGCUGUUGAUGCCUACUGUCUGCUGGAUGUGCACCGGUCUCUUACCCAGGACCCCGGGCGCUUCGGGCUGGCACCAGAUCUCAGCAACGCCCUCGGAGGCCAACGAGGGAAGUGCGAGGAGAAAGGGACACACAGGCCGAGGACUCGAAAAGCACAGGACCCCUGUACAGCCGCAGAGGAGGAGAAGCCCCACCCCCCCCCUGCUCUCCCUGGGGUGUCCCGGGAGGCCCUGUCCCCUCAGCAGUUCCGGGUGGUGUGUGACAACAUGCUGCAGGGGCUGGGCCGCUACCUGCGCUGCGUAGGGGUGGACGUGAGGAUGCUGGACAACGCAGAUGACCACAGGAGGGCGGCCGAGAUAGCGAGGGAGGAGAGUCGUGUUAUCCUGACCUGCGGGCUGCCCUUUCAGACGUUGAAGUCCCAGGUGGGGGAAGGAUGCUGCUUGGCAGUGGAUUGCUCGGAGAAGGCGCGGGACCAGGCACUGCGGGUUCUUAAGCAUUUCAACAUCACCAUCACUCCCGCUGACAUAUUCAGCCGCUGUCAGGUGUGUAACGGGGACCAGUACCUGAAGGUGCCCAGGCAGGAGAUGGAGCGACUGAUGAAGAUCAGAGGAUUGAUAUCCGCAGAGAGCCGGUCCAGAUCGGAAAGCGAGUCAGCGGACUGCGACACCCCCAGCCAGCCCCGCUCCCUCCCCUACUCCCCGAAGUGCCGCUGGGCCGCGCCGUCUGGCCUGGACCCCGACUCGCUCCAGUUCCCCGGGGGGGCGCCCCUGCAGCUGGACUCUGUCCCCCCUGGGAUUCUGAACAAAGUGUCUCUCUUCUACUGCUGCACCAGCUGUGGAAAAGUCUUCUGGGAAGGGUCUCACUUUGGACGGGUCAUCUCCCAAUUCCAAGAGGUGCUGAACAUCUCCGACGGACAAACCAUUUACCAGCACCAGUAGGAGAGGGCUGAACUGAAAGCCUGUGCGUGGGGAGGGGAAGGAGAAGGAGGAGGAGCCGGAGCCGGACACACCGCAAGAGCUAGACGAGACUGGCCUGGCUGAUUUAUGUUCUUCUGUAUAGCUGUUCCAUAGACACUGGUGUCUGUUUUAAUGAUUUAAAUGGAGGGGUGAUCUGAAUAACGCUGCUCUUUAACUGUGUGUGAAUCCAGCUGGGGUUUAAUGACCCACUUUUUGAUAUUAUCUACAGAAUAUAACCAUGAAAUGAGGCCCGUGGAAAAAUCCAGUUUAUAUAUUUUUGGCAAGAUCCCAACACUGUCGAUAUCACUAAAGGGGAUCUCGCUGUCUCUUAUAAAAAGGUCUUCUCUUGGAUAGACAGAUAGAAAAGCUUUUUAUUCAAUGCAGCUCAGUGUAAACCUGCGUCCUUACUCCUUUUAAAAGGAGAACAGAUGUUUUAUUGUUUUUAUUUUAUUUCUUUAAUUAAAUGUUAAUUAGCCUUCUUGUUGAUGUGUGACGGUUCUUGUUGAAAUGAUUUUAAUGUGCAUUAAUAGAGCCGUGUUGCUGGCUGAGAGCUACCUGAUGGUUAUUUGUCCUUAUUUUAACAGCAAUGGUUUUCACUGCAGUCCUUAUGGCCCUCUCUCCCUCUGUGAAUUUGCUGGGCUGUCCUGUUGCAUCAAGUUCAUAUUUUUCCACACAAAAUGAAAAGCUCCAGCUUGUCAUUCACCCAGUGUUUAGCAGACGACUUCCUCGUUCCUCUGUCUCUUGGACUCUUGAGUAGAGUGGCCAAAAUAAAAUACCUGUCUGUCUUAACAAAAGCAGGUCUUUCUCGCUGUAUUCACAAGUGUAAGGCUGUCGGAGUGUAUCAGGCUAGCCAAAUGAUUUUAACUUGACAUUUGAGACACGCAUUAUGCAUUAUGAAUAUCUUGCCACGUUUCUUUUACGUUUUGUCAAUAGGAUCUGUCGAAAUAAAUGUCAAAAAAAAAAAAAAAAA